CGGUGAUCGUCGUCGACGACGACCGCGUGCCGACGAGCACGUGGAGGAGCAGGAGCCACUCCGAGGCCUUCGGCAGACGGGCAGACGUUGGGAGGUCAGGAGCGACAGCGAGUCGGAGGGGGAGGGGGAGGAGGAGGAGAUGCCCCUUCAGGAUCGUCGGUUCUCUUCCUCUCAUCAUCGGACUACGGGACCGCCCGAGCCUACCAGGCCGAGGACGAGGUCGGCAUCGGCAGCGGAGAGACAGCGGACACCACCGACCGAGCACCGUGAGAGGACCGGGCUCGCAGGCAUUCCGGAGUUGGAGAGGACUCCAUCCUGCGCCAAUGUCCGCCACCGCUCGCCAUCCGAGCUUCGUACCGACGACUUCUACGGCGGCGGCUCUGGCGGGGGGUUGGGGGAUUUUAGUGCCCCGAGACAGGGGGUUGCCUCGCUCUCGGACGUGCGUAUCGACGAUUCUCAUGUGCGGGGCCAUGUAGAGAGCGCGGAGGAGUGGGAUGCCCAGGUGGACAGAGAGGAGGAGGAGCGGUUGGGGACAUUGCCGGGAUGGGAGGGUCGUUUCGCGUAUAUGGAGGAGCAGCGCCGACUCAGGGAGUUGAAGACAGUGGGGGGUGGCGGCGGUGACGGAGGCGACGUGGGUUUUGGUGGGGAGGCUGAUGCGGGGGAGGCCCGACAGGGUAUCCCCACGGGUGUUGAGGGAGAUUGUGUCGCCGUGGGUGGUGGGGGGGAGGGUGGACCCGACCGAGAUGCAGACCGCGACGAUGGCGGCGAGGACGAGGACGACGAGGGGUCCGACCACGGAGGCAACGACGACGAGGAGGGGUCCGACCACGGCGAUGACGAGGAGGGGUCCGACCACGAAGGCGGCCACCACGACGACGAUGGCGACCGUGGCGACGAUGGUGGCGACGACGGUGACGACGGUGGCGACGACGGCAAUGUGGGUAUGCUGGCUUUGGUCGUGAGGGACCCGUCAGUGCCUUCGCUACCUCUCACACGGCCCGAGACCUUUGCGCAGGCUGCUUUUGACGCCAACGAUUUGGCGCGAUUCGGUUCACAUGACCCUUUCCCCCACACGGGCCGCAGGAGCGGCGAGAGGCGCCCCCCUGGAGGACCGUAUUCGCCCCUGCCCUAAAUCGUGGAUAGCCCUAGAUGGUCAGGUUCGUCGCUCAACGGCAUUAGAGGGAG